UUCCAAGUUUUUCCUACUGUCGUGACAUUUUAAAUAGUGUUCUUUCAAACGCCAAUAUGGAUUAGUUAGGCAUUGGCGGAAAAGAAAAUGAGUUUCUUUAGUAUUGCGUUGUGCCUCUACCGUUGAGUAAGCGACCGAGUAUGUUAUCAGGGGCUGGAAAGGGAAAGUAAAGGGAAAAUUUCGGAUGCCAAGGAGAGGCCGUGAGGAUGGGUGGGUCUCGUUCCUUGGACCAGGUCUUGCUUAACAUUGACCACAUUCAGCAGAGGCACACAUGGGACUGUGGAUUGGCAUGCAUCAUGAUGGUGCUUCCACCUCUGCAGCGCUCUAAGCUCUCUUCUAGUCUCUACCAGAUAUGUGAAGAGGAAGGCUUCGACAAGAGCACAUGGAGCAUCGACCUGGCAUACCUGCUACAGAGGUUUCAAAUAAGACACAGGUAUAAAACAGUCACUCUAGGAGUUGAUCCCGGAUUCUGCACUGAAAGCUUUUAUGAUCACGUUCUUGAUAAGGAUGCUCAGAGAGUCCUGGAUCGGUUUCGUGAUGCCAGCAGGAACGGUGUGGUGGUAGAGCAAGGAAGUAGUACUAUCAAUGACAUUCUGGCCCACCUGCAACAGGAUGGACCCGUCAUUGUGCUUACCAAUGCCCACCUCCUCAUCUGCAACAGAUGUGAAAGGGCGAUGCCCCAACUGCGCUCCUGCCUGCCCUGCUCCCCUCCAUACCAGGGCCACUAUAUUCUCCUCAUUGGCUAUGACUUGAGGAAGAAUCACCUCUACUACAGGAAUCCGUCUUUUAAGAAUCGCAUUUGUUCAAUUUCUUUUAGUAAGCUUGAUGAGGCUAGACAGAGUUAUGGGACAGAUGAGGAUGUCAUAUUUAUUUACACUAGUCCAAAGCCUCAGGGGUCAUCUUGAGAG